AGACGUUAAGUAACCAUCAGUAACCAAUGGCUGCAGCUCUUUUCUUGUGACUGCGCGCAGCGUCAGACCUAAUGCACGCUGCGUUCGAAAGGACUGAUGGCACAGAGCUUCAGGCAACGCCACAAACCUGCGUCCACUGUAUUGUACAUGCAAGACAGGGGUCAUUCUCUCUGACUCAGUGUCUGUUAUUUAGAGAUGAUAAAUUGACGACAAUCAUCAUCCCUGGAUUUUCCUGGCCUUAUGUUGACAUGGCAACAGGAAGGAAAAGCUCCACUUCAAAAGGUGGAGUACGUUUCCCUGAUGAUGAUGAAGACGCUCCCAUUAACAAUAGCUGUGAUGAAAAGCUUCAGGAUAAAGUCAUCACUGCUCUACCAGAGCCUGAUGGUGCAUAUCUCGUUAAGGUGGGAUUUUUAAGGAGCCAUCACAAAUAUGAAAUCGUCUUUUCUUUGCCACAAGUCCCAACACUAGGGAAAGAUGUCUCCCUUUCCCCUGCACUACGCACUACUGCAAAACCACGGCUACGUGCAACACGCAUCACACCACGGCCUGAGGGGGGUGUGAGGGUGGUUUGUGAGUACAGCGCUCAGCAGGAGGGAGUGGUGCAAGAAGAACUCACCCUGGUCAACAGGAGCAGAAGGGACAGCAGCGUCCGAGUUAGAUUACAGGCCAGAGUCAUGGAUCGCCACCAUGGGACACCAAUGUUACUUGAUGGAGUGCGGUGUGUUGGUGAAGAAAAGCACACAAAAUAAUGACAGAGAAGAUGUGACUAAAUCGGUUUGGUUGUGUUUAUAAUGAGAAUAAACCAAAAUGAAUGAAUGCACACGUGAAUGUGAACAGCCCGUCUCACACCCAUCCACAACUGAAUUGUUUCUGCACUAAAGCAAAAUUAUAUUAUAGAGCUGGUGUUCUAGAGUCUACGUAUCACAGGUCUGCUACAGGCAUCACAAAUUCAACCUUAUUUUUAAACGGAAAUUUAAAGGUCAUGGGUUUUUAUUACAGGAGAAUUCAAUUUAAAAAGCAAUUGAAAAGCAAUACCAGUGCUUCUGGCCAAGGAUAACAUAUGUCACAAAUUCAGGAUGAGUAGUCAUUCAUUCACUAACAUUCAUUGUAUUGGGCUUCUCAUUAGCUACAAAAUGAAACACAAAAAAAAUUAUUUGGCUUAGCUGGUUAUUUUAUUAAAUUUAAAAUGUGUAUCAAGAACAUGCAACAUUUUAUUUAUUUUGCAAGUAUUACCUGAAUGCCUGAAAGUGGAAUGUAUGUAUAAUCGUGUGCAUAAUAUACAUUGUACAUGAUUAUAUAUAAUCAUAUUUCAUCCUUUAGCUUUGCAACAAUAAUCAAUCGUCAAUCCUCCCAACUGCUGUGAUACAUUUCUCAAAUACAAUGUGAUUUGUUAAUAAAAAUAGUAGGCUAUAUGAAA